ACUCGACCGUCGACCGGCGAACGCGUUGGUCGUGUAGGCGUUGCUGCCGCAGCGUGGUAUUACUUCGAAAAUCGCGAUGUACCAAUUAAUAACUCGGACAUAGCGUGCAUAGAUGCGAUAUUACGAUAAUUAUUACGACAACUCAACGAACGGUGAAUACGAUGGCUGUCCAAGCCGGGUGCGCUGGUGUUUUAUUAUUAUUUUGGUGUUUUUUAUUUAGUGCUACCAGUUUCAAUCUAGAACCGAGGAUUCCAGUGAUAAAGUUUGGAGCCUCAGGCUCUUACUUUGGAUUUUCCGUCGCUGAACAUCUCACGUUUAACAGCGAUGGAACUAAUACUAGCUGGAUGCUCGUUGGCGCCCCCUUGGGACAGAAUCUCCAGCCGAACACGAGUCGAUCCGGAGCCCUGUGGAAGUGUGGCCUUACUCCGGCUGUGAGGGACUGCGAGCAAGUCGUCACUGACGGCAAAACUACGAAAAACGGCAAAAUAGUCUCGAGGUCUGAGGACUCAGCGUUGUCAAAUCCUCACCCAGAAGAAAUCAAGAACGGGCAAUGGCUGGGAGUUUCUGUCAGGAGCCAGGGUCCUGGCAUGAAAGCUGUUGUGUGCGCGCACAGAUAUAUUCGGAAGGUAUUUGAGUCACAAUAUGGCCAAGGUCUCUGUUACACGCUGACUAACGACCUCAGGUUGCAAGAUGCUUGGGAACCCUGCCGAGGAAGAUCUGUAGUACGAGAACACGAAGAAUUUGGAUUUUGUCAAAUAGGCACAAGCAGCUCUUUCCUCAAAGACGACACGUUGGUCAUGGGCAGUCCUGGACCGUACACCUGGAGAGGCACGAUGUUUGUUUCGGACACGAACGAUGACCUGCUUGUGAGGGACAACAUGGUUUACUUCGCCCCAGUGGAAGACGGGCAAAGUCCUGUCGAGAAAUACAGUUAUUUAGGUAUGUCAGUAAUUGGUGCCAACUUCUUCGGAACGAAAUUCUCGUACGCCGCUGGGGCGCCGCGCGCACACGGCACCGGUCAAGUGGUGAUCUUCAGCAAACGGGAGAUCGAGUCUUGGAGCGGUGUUGUCGACUUACUUGGUCUUAACCUCAUCAUCAACGGAGAACAGUUUGGUUCCAGCUUCGGAUAUGAAGUAUCCGCGGCUGAUGUAAAUGGAGAUGGAUUCCCAGACCUUUUAGUCGGAGCGCCAUUCUAUUUCUCAAAAGAUGUGGGCGGUGCAGUCUACUUGUACUUGAAUCAAAAUCACAACUUUACUUCUCAAUAUAACGUAAAAUUAACUGGAAAACAGGAAUCACAAUUUGGAAUAGCAAUAGCAAAUGCUGGAGACCUGAACAAAGAUGGUUGUGAAGACAUAGCUAUCGGCAGUCCAUAUGAAGGAAAUGGUGUGGUAUAUAUUCACAUGGGUCAUAGGAAAAAUGGCCUAAAUACUAAACCUGAUCAAGUUAUAAGAGCAGUAGAUUUACCACGACAUAUGAGUACGUUUGGCUAUUCUUUAUCAGGUGGUCUAGAUCUUGAUGACAAUGGAUAUCCUGAUUUAUUGGUUGGCGCUUAUGAAAAUAGCAGCGUAGCGCUUCUUCGCGCCAGACCUAUCAUUGAUAUAAAGACCUGGGUUGUACCAGCCAAGAUUUUAAAUAUAGAUCCAGCAGAACAAGGCUGUGAUAAGGAUCCCACAUCGAACUACACAUGUUUCCACUUCCAAGCUUGCAGCGUUAUCAUAUCCUUGGUCAAAUCUACCCAGAGCAUAAUACAUAAGCUCAAUUACGUCAUAGAAGCUGAAACGUUCAAUAAGGAAAAGAAAUUCUCAAGAAUAUUUUUCGAUAGUGAAAAGACGAGUAUCGUGAAUAAAAGUAUUAGUUUGGGCAAAAACGUUGAACAUUGUACAGAUCAUAUAGCUUAUUUAAAAAACAAUACCAGAGAUAUCCAAACACCUAUCAAAAUCCAGCUCACCUUCAAACUCCAACACGUACAGCCGACAUACUCCACAAUCGGAACUCUGCCCAACAUUGACGACUACCCAGUGCUGAACGCGACCGCCACCACCACCUUCACAGCGAACUUCCUCAAUGAUUGCGGGGAGGAUGGCAUCUGUCACAGCGACCUGGUGGUAGAUCCUACAUUGUGGUUGCCUAAGGCUGAUGACGGCACAUCAUAUGCCUUAACACUUGGCGAAGAAGAGGAAGUAAAACUAGCGGUGAGAGUGGACAACUACGGAGACUCCGCGUACGAGGCGCAGCUGUUUGUGCAACAUAGCUCCAGUCUGCAUUACAUUGCUGCCAAUAUUAGUGAUAAGCAUGUAAUCUGCACGAGCGUUAACAAAACUACAGUAGGCUGCUUAUUAGAAAACCCUUUCAAACGUCAGCUCGAAGAUACUCCAGCCAUUAUCCUGAGGUUCGAUGCGCGGGCCCUAGAGGACAGUGACCUGGAAGUGGAGUUCAGUGUGUGGGCCAACUCCACCUCCAAGGAGAUAUACCCCGGGAAGACUCCAGCUAGAGUCAGGGCUAUUGUGAUCAAGAAUGCUGACUUGAUGAUACAUGGCGUGGCCCGUCCGGAGCAGGUGUUCUACGGCGGCGAGGUGAAGGGCGAGUCGGCCAUGACUUACUUCGACGACAUCGGACCCGCCAUCGUGCACAAGUACCAGAUUAGCAACGAAGGAAGAUGGAGAGUGAAUGCGGUCCAAGUGAUGAUAUCGUGGCCACAUCAGGUGGAGUCUGAUAAGCCGCAAGGAAAAUGGCUACUGUACUUGGAGAACAUUACGGCCAUUGAUGAAGAAACCGGGCAUAGUCACGGAAAAUGUUUCCCAUCAGAAGACCAACUCAACCCUCUUAAACUCAAAACCAGGCCAGGCUCUGCGGAACCUUUGCUGGAAAACUUGAAAAUGGAGCCUCUUCUGAGUUCCAGAUCUGGCAAAUUGAGUGCCAGGUCUAGUAGCAAGAGAUACAAUGAGAGUAGGAAAGCGUUCACGUACUCUAGUGUGGAGAAUAGAGUUAGGAGGAGAAGAGAUGCCGACGAAGUGGUGAAGGCUGCGGCGUACACUGACGACGGCCAGAGGAAACAUGUAGAGAAUAUGAGUUGCGACAAGAAGACCGCAAAAUGUAUAAAGUUCCAGUGCAUCAUCUACCCGCUGGCGCGGCGCCAGGAGGUCACCGUCACCAUCAAGGCGCGGCUCUGGAACUCCACGCUGGUGGAAGACUACCCCAGAGUUGGACAUGUCACCAUCGCCUCCAAGGCUUCCAUAGAGAUCCCUGACCAUUAUAAUAUUCAUCAGACUGGGACGUUCGACACAGAAGCUACGGUGGAGACAGUCGCAUACCCAGACUUGAAGAUAAGUGAGCCGACUGAAGUGCCUCUAUGGGUCAUAAUAAUAUCAGUGAUCAUUGGACUAAUUGUUCUGGUGCUACUAAUAAUAUUCCUAUGGAAGCUCGGCUUCUUCAAGCGAAGUCGGCCCGACCCCACACUGUCGGGGAAUUUGGAGAAGAACAAUCAUGAAUCGAGUCCGUUCAUCGAUAGGAAUAGGAAUGGGAAUCGAUAGUUAAAGCCCCUUGUGUUGGACAAUUGCGGAACACAAGUUUAGGAAAUUUUGUGGAGUGUAAGUACAUUUCUGUUAAGAUCAGUGAAGUUUUUGGGAGAUAUGUUGGUACGAGUAUAUUAUGAUUUCGAUGUACAUAUCAGGUACAAUCCAAUUUGGAUAUGAUUUAAUAUGAUAGUUCGGGAAAAUCUAGCUAUAUAAAUAACAUUGUCGAAAUUAAAAUGAUAAUUACUUCAGUAUUAGCUACUUACAGCUGGUUUAUCGCGAAGUUUUGGUUAGUCCCAAAGUCCAGUACUAGGAAAAUAUUCUAUCUAUCAAUUAUUAUAUUGUUCUAUCAUGAAUACUAUCAGAUAGCUAUCCAUCCAACAUAUCCCCCAGAGAUUUGUGUGCUACACAAAUUAGUAAUUUAUACGUCUUUUGACUGUGAUGUCUUCAUAGAGGAAAUUGUAUGUAUGUGUUGUUUUGAACAGAUUCUACUGUUUUGUUGAAGUUUGGUCGCGAACGAUAUGUUAUGCUAAAACGCAUUUGUAUUGAUUUAAUUUUAGGAAAUGUAUGAUAAUUUUCGGGGAUAAGUUUGUUUUCUAUUUUAUGUUUUUAUAGGUAUAUGUAUAAUAUGUCAACACUAUCAGUCAUUUUGUAUUUAUCGAAAUUACCUUUUUAUAUUUGAAAAAUAAAUUGUUUUUAAAUUACAAAUAGAGAUAUAUCCCCCAAGAUCGAUGAUUUAUGAACAUAUUAACUUGGAAUAUAAUAUAUUUCUGUAAAUAUUACUUAUUUAUAAAUAGCGUAACUUAAUCGACUAGGCUUUAAACUAGUCACAAAAUAAUAGGUAUUUUAUAACAUACAUGUAAGGAUCGACUUAUGAAGCCAUGUUAAUGGUGAAGUAUGCUGUUAUUGUGUAGAAAGUACUUAAAUAAUUUUAGAUUCAAGUUUGAUGCUGAGCAUCUAGCAUUAUUAGCUUACAUUAUGUAUGUAAGUUACAUACAGUCAUUUAAUUUUACAUUACUUAAUUUUAUCGAGAACGUAAUGAAAUGUGUUAAGUACGAUUUAUAUGAUUUAUAAUUCAAUCCCAGAAAAGUAUUUCAAACUAAAACAGAUUAUUUUUUUAUACGAGCCUGAAAUGUAAGGUGACAUUUGCCACUAAUAGCCCAAUAGUCAUUGUCAUUAUAUUAGUUACUAACUACAAAUUGUUUUGAGUAUUUGGCCUGUCUAUUACUUGUCUAUAAAGGGGUUUGGGUUUUGUAUGGACCUGUGGCGUCAAGUUCAGCAGCUACGGAUAAUUUUAUUCCCAUUUUGUACCACCAAAAAAAAAAUAUCUUAGUGGGAAACAUAGAAGCAUGCUUUUUAGCUAUUUAUUUGUUAUUGGAUUUUUUUAAAUCAGAUAAUGAAAUACCUAAUUUUUCAGCUCUGAAAUUGGUUAGUUUUAUUAAGUAUCUGCUACGAAAAAAAUUUGAUCUUAUAUAAUUAUUACAAAAUAAUAUAGGUUUGUAUGGCCUAGAAAUUUCAAUAAAAAUGUUGACAAGGACUUUAGGACUGAAUAAAAUGACAGAUGUACCUUUUUAAGGAAUUUGGUGCAUUAUAGGUUGACGCCCACCUAUCUGUUGUUGCAUCUAAUGUGCUCCCAAUAAAGAAGUCACAAAAAUAUAGAAUUUGUUGUUGUAAGAUAAGGGUGAGUUGAACUGUCAAAUAUGAUGUUGAUUUUAAUCGGCGUGCGCGAUUUCGUUUAGACAAAAUGGCGAACUUAGCGUUUUUCUGCGCACUUUAAAGUUAACGUCAAAGAUGUCGGUGCAACUCAACAACAAAUGUUAUAUAACAUUUUGUAACAUAAUGAAAUUACUACAUAGACUUAAUGUUAUACGAAUGUUUGCCACAAAACAAUGCAUUUCGUGUCAGUCUUUAUACUACUUAUUUAAAUGUAAAGAUGUAAAUUAUGUGGAAUUGUAACGUAGGUUUUAUAUUGUACAUAUUUUAUUAUUCAUUAGAUUUUAUACUUGAUCCAUGUUGAUAACACAAGAUACUAGUUGGAAAGCACUGCCAAGGAAUUUCUCAAAUUUUUGAUUAUAAAUAUUACUGCUGAUACGUCUGAAAACUCAUAAUUUAAAGAGAACCUACCUAUAUAUUCACGAUUUCAUAUUGAAAUUGGAACCUUAAUUACUUUAUACCAUGUUUAUGAUUUCCUAAUUUCGAGGCUAGGUAAUGUCGAGAUGUGUUGUCUUAUUCUCUUGGAACUCUUAAAACUUUAUUUUUAUUUAAUAUAAAUUAAGUGUCAGGUCUCAUUUUUGAAAGCAUUAAAUGAAGAAUCAUAAUAAAUAACCACAACAUAAGAUUGAGACGUAUCGCAUUAUAAUAAAUGCCACCUAUUUUACACUGGUUGUGAUUUAUUUCUACUUAUUCAUAAUACUUAAUAUUUUCCUUACAUACACCUCCAAUAUAAUUAUAAAUAUUAAUAAAAUCGUGCCAUUCGAAGAAA